AUGGGCUGCAAUAUGGCUUCUAUGGAGUUUUCUGACAUUGAACUUUCUCCCGAAGGCAUAGAGCAGGAUGUUAAAGACUUCUACAAGCCCACAGAAGGGGGCUUUGCAGCAUCGGGCUUCCUGUGUGAAUUUCUAGGAAUUGGGUUCGAUGAAGAUGCAGCAGCUCACAGGUUCUACAGAAAAUGGAUGUCUAGCUGUGCAAGGCCUGCAAGCCCAGACACAUGUAUCGAUCCUCGAUGCCUUUACGACGACUGCUUUGAGACAAAUAAGAAGAGUGAGGAAAUAAAGAUUUGUGAAGCAAGGGAACAUGUGUGCCAUGAUCCUUCGAAAUCAAAGCCUUCCCUCUCGUAUGCCCAAAUAAUAACAAGAGCCAUAAGGACAAGCAAGGCAGGCAAGCUUACUCUUAGCGAGAUAUACAAGUGGAUUGAGGACUCAUUUGAGUACUACAGACAUGCAAACCCUGUCUGGAAGAAUUCCAUACGACACAACUUGUCCCUGAACAAAUGCUUUAAGAAGGUUCCUAGGGAUCCCGGGACAAGAGGAAAGGGAGGAAGAUGGAUGCUCGAUUACGAUUUUUUAUCAAAGGAGGAUUUCAAAAGGCGAAGAAAAGCCAAGCACUAUGAUUUUGCAGCAUCCGAGAGGUCUGAGUCUUCAGGUUCAGGAGACUGCCUGAACGAUGAAAGAGAGGGUGGGUCCUGCGAUUCCGAGCCGUCCCCGAAGGACCUGGUGAGACAUAUGAAGAAGUUCAUGGUUUCAGAAAUCAAUCCAAGUAAGAAUGUAAAUAAAAUAUAA